GGAGAGGAGCCUUGGAGAGCUGGGCUCGAAAUAGAACGGGACGGCAGAGACAGGGACAAAGGCAGGAGCUGCAGAGCAGGAGGGAGGAGAGGAGGGAGAGACACGCCGAGAGAGGGAGGGGUGCAGGGCAGCCAGUACAGCCAGGAGGUCCCGGUCCCGGGGUCCAACGUAGGGAGAGGGAAGAGAGCGCAGGAGCUGAGGGUUGAGAGGGAGCUGCAGGCACUGCUGGGCCGGGGUGCCGCUCGACUGAGGCAGCAGCAGCAGCGCCUGCCGGAGGGGGUUGUAACGGAGCUCAGGGGAGAAGGCUUUUCCCCGCAGGAAGUCGCCCGGCAGGGGAGGAGGGAGUGCCAGGAGGAAGUGGAACCCCAGUGGAGGCUCUCCACCCAGGGCGAGGAGAGAAGGGGCGCUGCCGGGCCUGGGCGCGUCUCUGCUCAGUCCCAGUCCCCCCCCCCCCCCCAACUCCCCACCCCCGCCGGAGCUCUCCAUGAACAGAGCCCCGGAAGCUUGGCCCUAGUGCUGCUGGACUAUGCCCUUCUAGGUGGGCGCCAGCUCCUAACCCCCAGCCCCCACCCCCGGCCCUUGGAGGUCAGGGCAGCAUGGCUUCGGGAGCAGGUACGGCCUUCGAGGACCUCCCCCACGAUGGCACGUGCGACGCCUGCGAGCCGGACGAGGCCGAGCGCGCUGUGCAGCUCUGUGACAGCUGCGGCUUCUGCUACUGCCCAGCCCACGCCCGGGAGCACCGCCAGCGGUACCGGAGCCAUCGGCUAUGGGACUAUGGGCCCCUAGAUGGGGACCGCAGGGAGCCCGAGAAGCUGGAGAGAAAGAAGUGCCUCGAGCACAACCAGGAGCUGAGCCUCUACUGCAAGGAGGAUGAGCAGAUCAUCUGCGUCUUGUGCGCCAUGGUAGGCUCCCACCAGCAGCACCUCCUCAGCACCCUGGACGAAGCCUACAAGACCCUGAGGAAUAGAGAACCCGUGGACCUGAAGGUGGCCAUGCUAGAGAUGGUGGAGAGGCUCAAAUUCAAGUGUGGGGACCCCAGAGUCAGCCGGAAGGAGAUGAAGGUGUGCAUCCAGCAGGAAUUCGACAAGGUGCGGCAGCAGGUCUGUGAGGAGGAGCGGAAGGCCCUUCACCUGGUGGACCUCCAGGAAGCCGUGGCCACAGCACAUGUGACAGAGGUCUUGGCCGAAAUCCACGUCCACAUGGAAAAGUUGAUGGCAGAGAUGGCUGAGAUCAGACACCAGCUUGAUGCCUUCAAUGAGUUAGCUUCCGUGAAACCAGAGAUCAGAGAUGAAGAAUUCAGACUCAAUCCUUUCCCCGCCAUCCCUCCAAACCGAGGGUCUUGUCGAUAUGAUGAUGAUGACCCCUCCGCAGCCAACGGACCCUUCUGAGAAGAGGAAGCCAUUGUCAUGCUGGAUGGAAGAGAAUUUUUUCAGGAAAACCCCUCUCCAACUGGCUUGCCAAGCAGGAAAAAGUACAGAAGAAGAGAAAAAAAAUGACUACUUACUAGUCUGCGGCAGCAGCAACACAACGUCCUCUGUUUUCCCUGUGUAUGUCAAUGCGUGUGUGUUUUCAGCCUCCUACUUCUUCAUGAACUUUCCAACAAGAGCUGUGACCGGAGGCCCCGAGUCUGGGACCCACCACCAGACGUGUCUCUUUCUCAGGGCUGUAUUCUGCCUGCCAUGUGCCUCAGCCCCCGGCUCCCUCGCAGUGGACGUCAGAAGCAGUUCUACGCCAGGGCCCCUGUAGAAGGGUCCUUUGUUUGCCCUGACUCGGGGAACGCUGUUCCCUAGAAGGGGAAGAGCCUGGCAGGACCCCCAGGGGCCAAGGCUGAGGCGGUGGCUCUUUUGCCCUGAGCCAGCAACAAGGGGAAAAGCCCCUUGGCCACAUCGCCUCUUGCGCUGAUGUUCUCCAGAUUUUGCCCCGGAUGUUCUGAGCCGGCGUUGCUGUUAUUUGAGAGAGAUGCCUUUGCAGUGAAGGAAAGAAAGAGCCCGGUGAGACGGCGAGGUGCGCGGCAUUUUCCAUUGAUGGGGAUGCCCAGGACUUUAGUUUCCUAAUUCAGCAGCAGGAAAGUAACUGAAUGACCAGGUGAAAAUGGCUUUUUUUAACUGACAGCAGAUUACUUUGGGGAAAGUUGGCUUCCGUUAAUUGGCGUGCUAAUUGCCUGAGUCUUCCUGGUCAGCUCCAGAGUUUUCUGGAAUCAUAUUGUCAGAGCCUGGUUUCUCUUUGGGAAUUCCGUAGUUUCCCAUCUUAGGUGGUAUUAAAGGGCCAGGAUAGGGGCAUCUGGCUUGCACAGUGGAUAGAACAUCAGGCCUGGCGUCAGGAGGACUUGGAUUCAAAUGUGGAACCAGACACUUCCUAGCAGUGUGACCCUGGUCAAGUCCUACUAAACCUCAAUGGCCUGGUUCUUCCCAUUCUUCUGCCUUAGAACCAAUACUUAGUAUGGAUUCUAAGAUAGAAGGUAAGAGUUUAAAAAAGGAAAAAAGAAAAAGGCCCUGGGAGUCAUGAAUAUCAAUGGUAACAUUGGCAUGGGUUUCUGGUCUCUGUGCUUGUUCUUGUUUUAAAAUGGAGUAAGACUCUAAAAUGGAGUAAGUGAUGUGCUGAGGCCAUCUUUAUUUCCAAGUUUAUGAUUUUCUGACUUCUAAUUCCUGGAAGAUUAUAGUCCUCUAUAGCUCUCUCUACCUAGAAACUUCUGAGUUAUUUCCAGCGUUGUGGCUUUUUUCCAAAUUAUGGAGAAUCACUGACAAACAGAGAAGAACUAGAAGUGGAUUUCUUUGCCUGCCCUUGGCUGCAAGCUCGCCGCCCUAAACAAGCUCUGAUCUUUGGGAUAGCGCACCACCAAGUCUACUUCUGACCCCUCUAAGCCAGAACCAAAGAAAAAAUGCCCGCUCCCCCAGAGAUGGGCUUCCAAGCCCAUAAGGGUCUGCUUGAAGGUUCCCCACCUUGUGACGCCAUUUUCUCUGCCAUUUUCUGAUCUGGGAGUGGGUUGGUUGGCUUCAGCAUGAGGGUGAGCAAUGAUUUGUGGCAACUGGUGCCCAGUGAGGAAAACAGGAUUUGUUUUCUCUUGAAAUUGUGAUUCUUGCUGUUGAAUUUUGUGUGUGGCAUGUAAUUAUUUCUACGCAGAAGGGUCUAGACAAACAUCUUCAACAAAUCCUCCCAACCCAGGGUUGUAACUAGGUCAGGCCAAAGAGUCUUUGUCUAAAAGCCCCAAAUUUAAAGGGCACCCUGGAUGACCCCAUGAUUGUACUUAGUUUGCUCCAGCACUAUAGAAACAAUAGUAAUAAUAGCUAGCAUUUAUUAAGCACCUACUAUGUGCUAUGAAUUUUACAGUUAUUCUUUCAUUUGAUCCUUAUACCAACCUUGAGAAGUCUUCUCUGCCUAGAUGUUCCUGAGACCAUUUCCUUGUUAGCUUAAUAUUUUGCCAACACUAGGAACAUGUGAGGCACCCUCAAAAUACCUACCCCACCAUCAUAAUGCCCUGGAUCUAUCUGCUACCUAGUCCCUCUUACCCUUUUUCACAUGGGUAAAGAACUUCCCCCAAGGUUGUUAUUAAGUCAUUUUGGUUGGAUCCAACUCUCCGUGACCCCUUUGGGGCUUUUCUUGGCAAAGAUACCAAAAUAGUUUACCAUUUCCUUCUCCAGCUCAGUUUUCAAAUGGGGAGACUAAGGCAAACAGGGGUAAGUGACUUGCCCAGAGUCGCAGAGCUGGGAAGAACCUGAGGCUGGAUUUUGAGUCAGGUCUUCCUUACUUGAGACUCAGGACUCUAUCCACUACACUACCAACAGAAUUUUCUUAGUAAGCAAGAAGAAUUGGAAUUGAUCAGAUGGCACAGAGAUGAGUUCUUCCCUCCCCCCACUUACUUUCCUUGUGAAUAGCAAACCUUUAUUAAUUGUCUGUUAUGUGCCAGGCAUGGUGCUAAGCACUGGAAAUUCAUUAAAAGAGAUGAACAAAUAUUCCCUGCCCUCAGGAUGCUUCCAUUCUCUCCAAUAUGGCAGCUUCACACCACUGCUCCUAAAAUAGGAGAGUGGCUCCUCUAACUGAAGGGACAGAUCCUGCAGCUGGUUCAGAGAACACAGAUACCUUGUUAUAGUCUUGUUGCCCCCACUCUCCACCCCCUCCCACCAGCAUGACUUCAUCAAUGCCAUCCUGAGCCUGAGAAGAAGGCCUGGUAUAGGAAAACCAAGUGGGCUUUGGAUACUUAAGCAAGACCUUAUUCCUCCUCAACAACUGGCCCCAAAAUAGCUAGGUGUACUUGAACUGUCCACUCCCCAUUGGUCUGUAGAAAAGGAUGAUAUCCGUAUCAUAUUGACUCAGCCCUCUCUUACUGCUUGCCCCAACAGCAACUCUCGUGGCCAAAGUGCCUUCCAAAGGCCAUUCCUUCAAAGUGGAUCAUAUUCUUCUGAGGAGUUUGUAGGUUUGCAGUGUAGAGCCUGACUCUGCCCCUUUUUUCCCCAUCAGUGCCUUCCACCAUGCCUCCCUGAAAGAGUAACUCUGUCCUUGUGAUGGGCAAAUUUUAGAGGUGUCCAAUAGGGCAUAAGAGCUGAUUAAAAAAAAAAAAAAGUUUGUGACCUGAA